CCAUCUGCCUCGUGUGUUGCGCUCGCAUUGGCUGUCGUUAUCUUUUUGCCGUUCCGGAUAUGUUUGCUGCACACCGGUCUGGGCUAUAAAAGCCGCCUGUCUAACGCCUUUUGGUGGCAAUUCGAAAAGAGUUUUGAACACACGCAUUCCAGAUACUCGCACCUGCACAGCAAAACUGUUGCACAAAGUUUGUGGCAAGUGCAUUUAAAGUUAAAUUGAAAGUGACAAAAAGAAAUUCUCAAUUUAUUUUGACAGUUCAAAUUGUGCUUACUUCGGCAUUAAAUAUUGUUCAAAAUGUGCUACGCUAAAUUUAGUUGGACUAUCCUGGUAUUUUUGGUGCUCUUCACGGUGGUUACAGGCUCCUGCCUGGAAUUUGGACACUCGUGCUGGGGUGCACAUGGCAAGCGCUCGGGCAACAGGGUGGCACUUGCGGCCAAGCAGCCGUCACUUCUUGUCGACAAGCUAGCCGAGCAGCUCUACAACAACAACAACAAUGAGAAUUCCAUUGACGACAAUGGCAACAACAACAGCAAUGCCAAAAACUACAACUUGCCACUUACCGCGUCCGCUCUGGCGCCACCAAGUGUCGAGGCGUCGGCAGCGGAGCGCACUCGAGAUGUGAACGAUGCGAAAUGGAGGCAGCUGCUCCGGCAGCAUCGCUACCAGCUGAGGCAAAUGCAGCGGCAGUUCGAUGCGAGCGAUGCGGCCGAGGGCUGGCGCAAGUUGCAGCAGGCGUUGGUCGAGGCGGAGCAGCGGCAGCAGCAGCAGCAGCUGCCAAUGGGCGACUUCUUUGAGCUUAAAAAGUGAACUUUGACCCGCGAAUAAGAGACAUUACAUUUACACAUAAUCACACGCAUAAACAAACAUAAACUAAAUGAAAUGAUGCAAAUUAAGCAAAAACAAUUAAACGAUAUUUAUUCCAUCAUUCGAGUGAUCCAAGCUCGCGUCUCAUUGCAUGCUGCGGCCCAAUUAAAGAACUACAUAUAUACUUAUAUAUAUAUAUAUAUAUAUUAAUAACAAAAUAUUAAUUAAAGGUUAAAGAUCGUCGCUUGGCGAUCUACACGCGAGUUGCGCAUACGACGCGUUGGCCAGCAAGCAAUAGAUACAAGAUAUAUGCAUAAAUCUAUUGUAUGAAUAAGCAAAAUUAAAUGUUAAUGAAAAAACGUUUCGCUUUUGUUGUUUUUAAUUACUUAUUCUUUUGUUAACAUUAUAACUAUUACUAACGCGCAAAUAACCACACUAUAUGCAUAAUUCUUUCUUUUACUGUAUUGCGUGCACAAUAUUGCGUCAUUGGCUGGAUGCCGCAAUAUUGCCCAGAUCAGAAUUAAAAUUCCAAAUUUUUACUCAAAUUCAAUAUCAACUUCAUGUUCAAAUUAAAUUGUACUUAACCUAUGCAUAACACACGUUUUAAUAAUAACAAAUAAAA